CGGGCGGAGGGGCGGCGCCCAUCAGUCCCGCGGUGGCCGUGCAGCCAUGAGCUCCUCGCAGUUCAACAAGGGGCCCGCGUACGGGCUCUCGGCCGAGGUCCGCAGCCGGCUCCUGUCUAAAUACGACCCUCAGAAGGAGGCAGAGCUUCGCACCUGGAUCGAGGGUCUCACGGGCCUCUCCAUCGGCCCCGACUUCCAGAAGGGUCUGAAGGAUGGGGUCAUCUUAUGCACGCUCAUGAAUAAGCUCCAGCCGGGCUCUGUCCCCAAGAUCAACCACUCCAUGCAGAACUGGCACCAGCUAGAAAACCUCUCCAACUUCAUCAAGGCCAUGGUCAGCUACGGCAUGAACCCCGUGGACCUGUUCGAGGCCAACGACCUCUUUGAGAGUGGGAACAUAACGCAGGUCCAGGUGGCCCUGCUGGCACUGGCUGGGAAGGCCAAGACAAAAGGGCUGCAGAGCAGUGUGGACAUCGGGGUCAAGUACUCGGAGAGGCAGCAGCGGAACUUUGAUGAUGCUACCAUGAAGGCUGGCCAGUGCGUCAUCGGGCUGCAGAUGGGCACCAACAAGUGUGCCAGUCAGUCAGGCAUGACAGCGUAUGGCACCAGGAGGCAUCUCUAUGACCCCAAGAACCACAUCCUGCCACCUAUGGACCACUCCACCAUCAGCCUGCAGAUGGGCACCAACAAGUGUGCCAGCCAGGUGGGCAUGACUGCGCCUGGGACCCGGCGGCACAUCUAUGACACCAAGCUGGGGACGCACAGGUGUGACAGCUCCUCCAUGUCCUUGCAGAUGGGCUACACACAGGGGGCCAGCCAGAGCGGCCAGGUCUUUGGCCUGGGCCGCCAGAUAUAUGACCCCAAGUACUGCCCACAAGGCCCUGUGGCAGAUGGUGGUGCGGUGGGCACCAGCGACUGCCCCGGGGAGGCCCCAGAACGUCCCCCCUACCUGGAAGAGGCUGGCUGCUGAGGGCCCCCCCCCCCCCCCCCCCCCCCCCCCCCGGGGGGGGGGGGGGCGGGGGCCCCCCCCCCCCCCCCCCCGUGUGCUGGGUCCCCUGCCGGCAGCAGCACCACCUGGGCUCUGGGGGGUUUCUGGGUUCUUGCUUCUUUUUUAAAGCAUUGCCAGGCAGGUCUGGGCAGCUGGGUGGGGGGCCAGGGCUUUUCCCUCCCUGCUCGGGUUUCACAGACUGAGCUGGGGGAAGGCAGUGCCCGUGCAGCGGUGGGGGUCCUCGGGACACCCCAAGCAGAUUCCCCAGGGGCAGUGGACCUAGCUUUAUGGGGGAGGGGGGAGGGGGGCAGCCGGGAAGGUGGCCCCCCCCAUGGCUUCCGGUUUCCUCAUCUCUUCCCCCUAUGCCUGUGGGUUUUGUACCGGCUGAAGUUUCAGGAAGUUUUAACCAAAGAAAACGAUAUUUUUUAUUUUUUUUUUUCAGGAGGAUGGGGAGGGGAUGGUAGAGGGGAGUGCUCAGAAAUGGGCCUCCUUGGAGGGGUCCAGGCUGUAGCCCUUAAAUGUUUUAGGCAUGUUGAGGGACCACAUUCCUAUAAGAUCAACAGCCCUGGGUCCUCUCCAGGGGCCCAGCGGGGAAACCAAGGCCCCCCCGACAGGACAUUGAAUCUCAGUGGUUGGGGAAAACCAGACCCCCCUCACCAAGGGUCCCCCUCCCCUCAGGUCCUGCAGAUUUUAAAGACCUCCCCUGCAGCUCUUCCCCUUCUGGAUCCACUAGCUAGUAUCCCUCACCUCCUACUGCGCAUGACCCCCACCCAGGAGCCCUGGACACUGAGAUAAUGUGAAAUGCCAGUGCGGACCAAAAGCAAUAAAAACCUCUGUUUAUAAGAAAA